AUGGAAGCUUGGAUGAUGCAGCCCAUUUCCUUCUCGGCCAAGGAUGUACCGAUGAACGGUCAAGCCCAUAGCGACCCCUUGGUCAUUACCUUGCUAAUUGAAGAAUGGGGAGUGAUAAGAAUACUGGUAGACAGUGGGAGUUCAGUCGAGGUGCUUUUCUACGACACCUUCAAGAGAAUGGAAUUGUCAGAUGGCAUUCUCGUCCCCUCAACAUAUCGAAUUUACGGCUUCAAUGGGACCGUGACCAUCCCAAAGGGCGAAGUAACUCUGAGAGUAUCGGAUGGGUGCGGUUAUUUGGAUACUCUAACUACAUUCUGUGUAGUCGAUGUCGCCUCACCCUACGAAGCUAUUAUCGGGAGACCUUGGAUCGCCGGUAUUAAAGGGGUGGCAUCGGCCUACCAUCAAAGGCUGAGAUUUUCAACGUAUAAAGGUAUAGCAGAGGUCGUCGGCGAUUCACAGGCGGCCAGGCAAUGUAUGCUAGUCGAUAUUCAGAUAAAUGAGGAACGACGAGCACAUCAUCGAAAGGAGAAAAACAAGGCCAAAGAAGCCAGGGCGGCAGAAGAACUGUAA